UGGAGAGAGGGAGCCCGGGCAGGGCGAGGGAAAGAGCUUUGCAUUUUGCAGUGCUAUUUUUUUUUUUUGGGAGGGGGGCGGGAGAUGAAGGAAGCGGAAAGCGUGCAGAGUCGCCGGGGACCUUUCGGGUGAACCAUGUUGAGUCCUGCAAACGGGGAGCAAAUUCACCUGGUGAACUAUGUGGAGGAUUAUUUGGACUCCAUCGAGUCUUUGCCUUUCGAUCUACAGAGAAACGUCUCGUUGAUGAGGGAAAUAGACGCGAAAUAUCAAGAAAUCCUAAAGGAAUUGGAUGAGUACUAUGAGAGGUUUAAGCGCGAGACGGACGGUACACAGAAGAGGAGAGUUUUACACUGCAUCCAGAGAGCCCUGAUUCGGAGCCAGGAGCUGGGCGAUGAAAAGAUUCAGAUUGUGAGUCAGAUGGUGGAGCUGGUUGAGAACCGGACAAGACAAGUGGACAGUCACGUGGAACUGUUUGAGGCGCAUCAAGAGAUCAGUGACGCCACUGGCAACAGCGGCAAAGCCAGCCAAGAUAAAUCAAAGAAUGAGACAAUCACGCAAGCAGAAAAGCCCAACAAUAAGAGAUCCCGCCGACAGCGCAACAAUGAGAAUCGGGAGAACGCGUCCAAUAAUCAUGAUCAUGAUGACAUCACCUCGGGAACACCAAAGGAGAAGAAAGCAAAAACAUCGAAGAAGAAGAAGCGCUCCAAGGCCAAAGCAGAGAGGGAGGCAUCGCCUGCAGACCUUCCCAUCGACCCGAACGAGCCGACGUACUGUCUGUGCAAUCAGGUCUCCUAUGGAGAAAUGAUAGGCUGUGACAACGAUGAGUGCCCCAUCGAGUGGUUUCAUUUCUCCUGCGUGGGACUUAAUCAUAAACCAAAGGGCAAGUGGUACUGUCCCAAAUGCAGAGGGGAAAACGAGAAAACAAUGGACAAAGCACUAGAGAAAUCCAAAAAAGAGAGAGCUUAUACCAGGUAGUUUGUGGAUGUUCACUUAACAGUGAGGAAGACAAGAUGGACCAGUGUAUUUAUUACAUUGCCACCUUUGUUGAGGUGUGAGGAUUGUGAAAUGUAUAUUUUUAAAGAAGGUUAGAAGAGGAACCAUUCCUUUUAUAGGGAUGGCUGUGAUUUUUUUCUUUUGUUUUCAUUGGUAUAUACAUGUGUAACAAGAAAGUGGUCUGUGGAUCAACAUUUUAGAAACUACAAAUAUAGGUUUGAAUUAAACACUCAAGUGAGUCUCAGACUGAUUUUUUUUUUUUUUUUUCUUUUUUGGUGACUUGGAAACAACCUAACACAUUAAAAUGUGGAAAGAAAAUGUUCCAUUUAGCUAAUAUUUUAUUUUAAUAAAAAUAAUGUUACUACUUUAGGAACAGUUUUUUGUUUUUGUUUUUUUUUUUAAGUAGCCAGGUUGUUAAAAAUACAGUCCAUAGCAAAUUUGUUUCUUGCUACCAUAAUGUAUAUCCAUCUAACAAUUCAGUAACAAAGGUUUAAAGUUAGAAGAUUAUUUUUUAAAAAGGUAAAUGAUUAAAUUUUACAUGACAAAUAUUUUAUAUACUGGCCUGUUCCCCAAUCGGCCAUUUUUAAAUGAUUGAGUACAUUUUAUAUUAAAGUGGUCUAGUCAUGGGACUUGAAAUCACGCUUUUGCUAUCACAAGUCAUGGUGUAGCCGUCUUUAAUUUAUAUAUAAGUUGUAUAAAUGUACAUUUCCAAGUAAACUUGCACUUGUAUUAUAGUGGGAGGUGCAGCCAAAUGCUAUUGUGAAACCAAGGUGCAUUUCCUCCGUAUGUAUGAGAGCUGUAUAAAUGUGAUGUUAAGAAAUAAAUGAAACUUGGCCAGUUCGUCCCUCUAGCAGUAUACUUAAUUUUGGCAUAAGUAAUUCUUAAAAUUUUGUCAUGUACACCAGCAGUUUAGACGAAGCCUUAAGCAAAUUCUGUAUUAUUGUCCUCACUUAAUAUUCAUAAAGAAGCAGAAGUUACCUAAUUGCCAGCAAAUGUCAAAAAGAAUAUAUACUUAGAUCACAGAUGGAAAAUUAAAGCCCAAGAGUGAUCCAGUCUGACCCACUACCUGUUUCUGUUCGGCCUGGGAGCUAGGAGUGGUCUUUACAUUUUUACAUGGCGAAGAAGAAGAAUACUUCGUGACCCAAGAAAGUGGUAUGAAAUUCACAUUUCAGUCUCCAUAAAUAAAGUUUUAUUGGAACACAGCCAUGGGUGUUUGCUUAUGUAUCGUCUGUGGCUGCUCUUGUACAACAGCAGAGUCAGAUAUUUGUGACAGACCGUAUGCCCCACAAAGCCUGUUAUUUUCUAGCCUUUUACAGAAAAUGUUUGUUGACCCUAAUUUAGACUAACGUUUAGCAUGAUGGUGUAUCCUCGUUUGAAAAACUGCCCACAUUGAAAGGGUCAUGCAGCUUUCAUUUCUAAGAAAUACGUGAUCCGCUCCAACUCUGAACGUAAUAAAAUAAUUUCUGUCCAUAGUCUGUUUUACAUUAUCUCUGAAGCUACCACAAAGGGAAAUAAGAGUAACCUCACUGUAGAAUCUAAGGACCUAUAUGGCAUGUUUUUAUUAUAAGUAAAACAAUAAAUUGUCUUCUGAUUAUUCACUUUAUUUCAUAAACCAUUAUCAAGAACUUUAUUUGUGCCAGGUAUAAAUUCUCUGAUAACCUGGUUUACAGUGAGUUUCCAUGAUUGAAGGCUAUUGGGUAGAAAAUCAGAGUUGCAAAUCAUACACUGAAAUUGGAACUUCUUGCAUUUCAAUGCAUACAAAUAUAGCCAUUUACUUUCCAGCAAAACUCCAGGACAUUUAAGCAUCUCGACUUAAGUGUUUAGAUUUGAUGAGAUUUACCUAGACAAAUAAUGAACACGAGGGGAAAAGUUCAUGAUGUGCUAAUAAGAGAACUGAAAGAAUACUUGAUAAAUAUCCAAUAGCAAUAAAAAUAAUCUUCGCUUAUAUAGAAUUCUGGUAUUUUGCUGGUUUCUUCUGUUUUAAUUGGAACUAAUAAUGAAAAGUUGUGGGAGUGAAGAUCCAAUGAACUCAGUUGCUGGUAUUGGAUUUCUUCGUAUUUAUUCGGUUUUGGGGUAGACAGCUGUGUGGUGGAGAGACAGAGUCCAGACUUUGCUGUGUUUGAAUUCUUUGACCCUGAGAGAGUUAAUCUCAAAUAAAUUGCUUAACUCCUGAUCCACAGUUCUUCGUUUCUAAGAUAUCUAUUUCAUAUGGAGAGGUUCUGAGAAAUAAGAUUAAAUAAGGGACUGCUAUGU